AUGCGUUUGUACUCGUGCUUUUCCCUAUUCGUAUUUAAGCUCUACACUAGCAUUGCUCCAAGUGUGGAGGCGUACCAAUUAAAAAACUUUGGUAUCGAACCAGUCUCUGAACCUAUCGCAUUUGCUGCAAACCAGAGCGAGGAUGACCCAGAAGUAGCUGGACAAUCUCAAGACAACGAGGGAAAAGGCACAAUCGCAUUUAAUAGCGUCACAAACGAAGAGAGAGAUGGCACUAAUUUGAUAUUGAAGUUAAAAGCCGUAUCUCCGUUAUCAGGUGAAAGUCAAACAGGUGAAAGUUUGAUGCUCGAAAAAUUACUGGCAAAGCGAUCAGCGGAGAGUACGGCAAAAAAGAAAGCUGUGGUAAUGAAGCAAGCAGAGGUGAAUACGGCGCUUGCGUCUUUGCUUGCGCAUGUCGGACCAGGUGUUACUGGAAUUAAAAUGUUUGAGCCUGUAGAGAUUUUUAGCAAGUUGCGCUUCACACACGCAGACCUCAAAGGUGAUCUGAUUGUUGCUUGGCUUAAGUACUUCUUUAGGCACAAAAUCGAAGGUUCUCAGUCCGGCAAAAAUGAUCCCAUUCUUGAGCUAGAUGCUCAGUAUGAAGCUUUUGAUUUGCUCAUGAGCAUUGGUGGGACGGAAGUGGAAGACCUGACUCGCUUGUUUAAAAGGAUACCAUCUGACACGAAGUAUAAGAUUCCUUUGUUUAAAAAAGCAACAUCCGAAUCUGACACGAGGUACAAGGCCUUCGUUGAGAGUAUGCAAGAUCUGGCUAAACGAGAGCGCCAAUCGAGUGAUUUUCUUACUCGAAAAGGCUCGAAAACCCCUAAGGAUUUUUACAAGGAGUUGAAUAUUGAUCCUCCUGAAGCAAAUGUCGCUUUUUGUCAGUGGCUUAGAUACGGCGAGCGUUACGAACGGGAUUUAAAUCUCAACAAGCACACCGAUGGGGGCGAGGAUGUCUAUGGUUCAAUGGCGAAUGAACUGUUGAAUGGUGAUCGUUACGAAGAAAUGGCGCAGCUAAUCGAAUCACUCAGUAACGCGCCGAAAUUUCAGGGGGUGGCACAUAAUAUCGGGAGAGCUAUGCGAAGACAAGAAGCCAGCAGUAUGCUUGAGAGUGGCGAUACACCAGAAAGCGCUUAUUAUCGUUUGUUUAAAACUGGAUUGCCCCCUGCUGAAAACACGAUCAACUUUCUUCUGCUGCUUGAAUUUGUCAAAGCGUAUAAAUCCAAGAACAACUAUAUAACAAAUGACCUCGUUGAAUUUUUAACCCGGGGGCACGAAGGCUUCCUGUUGUAUUAUGGUUCUGUGUUUGAGAAGCUUGAAAACUCCACGGAUUUCAAGGAAAUUGUCGAUGACGCUCUGAAAACGAUUUUUGAGGAGAUAUCAGAGCAGAAGAUCAGAUUAUUGGAUUAUGUAAAGUGGUACAAAGCAAGCAUCCAGGAUCUAUUGGAUUUAAUAAGAUUACGUGGCGAAAAAGCAAGCGCAGAUGCCGAUUAUGGAUUCAACUUCGACUUGAUAUAA